GUGGGUGGAAGUCACCAGAUAUUUUCAGCUUUGUCAGUAGCUCUGGGUGGGAGAGAGCUUCUGACACAUUCACCAUCAUUCUGCACAAGUGGAUACUUCACUCAGGCCUGCUAUUGCGAAGAGCUCCUUCACCUGUUCUCUGCUUCUCUUACUUGGUUAAACUCUAACUUUUCCCAUUAUUAACGAACAUGCCUCCUGUAUUCAUCUACAACAUGCCUGCUGUGAACCCCAACAACCCUAACCAGGGAGGUCCACAGAGAACCACGUUCAGACCGCCGUGGGUAAAAGAGGGGCCGACACCACUGCCUAUGCCCACAGCUCCUUGGACUGCUAGAGGAAGGGAAGCCACUGCUGCUACUGCCACUGCUCCUCCCGAGGAAUCUAAGAAGAAACAAGAAACUGCUGCUCUAGUUUCCAAACUACAGCCUCAAAUCAUUGAGAAGAAACAAGAAACUGCUGCUCCAGUUUCCAAACUACAGCCUCAAAUAAUACUUGAGAAGAAACAAGAAACUGCUGCUCCAGUUUCCAAGCUACAGCCUCAAAUAAUACUUGAGAAGAAACAAGAAACUCCUGCACCAGUUCCAAAACUACAGCCUCAACUAAUUCUUGAUAAAAAACAAGAAACUCCUGGUCCAGUUUCUAAACCACAGCCUUCAACAGUCAUUGAGAAGAAGCAGCAAAAACCUACACAAUACUCUAAGCCCCAGGUUCCAGUGGUCGUAGAUAAGGUAGAGAAGCCAGCUCCAAGGAAACUGAGCAAAGUCACCAUAGUUCCCUCACAACCUCCACCAGAGAGCAACACCCAGGAAGUUAUCAGCCAAGCAAAUUUGAAAUGGAAGCCAAAAAGCCAAGAAAAGAAACAGGAAAAUUCUGUAACGUUUUCUAAACCACUUGAACUCAAAGUGAUAGAAAAGAAGCAAGAAACGUUACCAUCACUUCCUAAGAUACAGCCAUCAGCUGUUCAGGAGAAGGAAGUAUUCAGCCAAGCCAAUCUGAAAUGGACUCCUAAACCUAAAGAAAAGGAUCCUCCCAGUACAGUUCAAUUUACUGCCAAACGACCUUCAGCAUUUAUUAAGUCUAAGGAGGGGGCAGGGCAGUCAGCUUCUGGGGUGAAAGACACACGGCGCAGAGAGUCUACUACCACUGUCCCUGUGGUGAUUGAGUCCAAGCGUAAACAGUCAACCGACAAGCCUAUUCCUGUUGUGGUUGAAUCGAAGAGAAAAGAAUCUACUGACAGGCCCGUUCCUGUUGUGGUUGAAUCAAAGAGAAAAGAAUCUACUGACAAGGUUGUUCCUGUUGUGGUGGAAUCUACGUCCCCCAGAGAACGGAAGAGAGAAUCUGUUAUUCAAGUCAAGAGAGAGCCUGAGAAGAAAGAGCCACCUGUAGCUGCUCGAGAAUUCGCCAAGCCAACACCAAAACCUGUUGAUAAAGAGAUUCCAAAGUCGAUUCUCAAAGAUCCAUCUAAAACAUCAGUUCCAUCUGCACCUAAACCCCCACCGCCUCCGAUGGCUCCACCUCUUCCACCUCCGCCUCCUGCCAAUAAAGGAGCUCCAAUGAUUAAGAGUGAAAUUACACCAGCAAAGGCAGCCAAGCUGGAGGCACUGCGUAGCCGUCCAAGGAGGCGGCCAGACUGGACUGACAUGAUGAAGGAAGUAGAGAGUGGGCGACAGUUACGUCACGUUCACUGCAAUGAUCGCAGUGCUCCCAUUCUACCCAAGGAGAAGGCUAAAGGACAGUUUGUCUAUGAGUCGGAAAAGGAUGCCACCCAAGAUCCUCACAAACAGCUACUAUCACAGAUUCAGAGUGGAGUGAAGCUGAAAAGAGUCAAGUGUAAUGAUCGCAGCAAACCUAAUCUUGAUGGAUUACGCAAGUUCAGGCGACAGAUGACCAUUGAAGAGCAGAUCCAGAAGUCGAUGUCAAUGGCUGAUGUGGUAGCAGUUGCUGCUGAACCAGAUGAGUUGGACGACAUCGACAAGGUGCGUGAUGACCUGCAGUCCACCAAGCAGAUGUUGGCCCAGGAGCUGCGGAACAAAGAAGCACUGGAGCGAGAGAACAAGCGUCUCAUGGCCAGGCUACUCAACCUGGAGGUGGAACUUGAGAAGGAGAAGAACGCCCGCAAGAUGGACUCAGAGAAGGGCACAACGGGCCGAUCAGCUGCUGAUGAGAAGCUGGUAAACCAACUGAAAGAUGAAGCGGCAGAAGCAAACCGUGUGGCAAAGGAGAUGGAAGACAAAUAUAGAGGCACAGCAGAAGAACUGGAUGCAACUCGGGCCAAGUUGGAGAGUGCUUGGCUGCGUAACCAGCAGUUGGAGCAGGAAUUGAAAUCAGGGGCCCGGGGUAAUGUCCCCAUCACCAAACAGCCCUCAUCCAAGAAACUUGCAGCUUCUAUGGCUUCCAUGCCAAAUGGCAAAACAGCCUUAGAAUCAGAUGAUGAGUCGGAGUAUACAGAGGAAACAGAGACGGAGACAGAGUCAGAAGAAGAAGGCAAUGAAGCAGACGCAGCUGCAGUCCAGGAGAGACGAAUUGCCCGGGAACUCAAGCUUCUUGCAACAAAAUUGAGAUCUUACAAGGAAAAACAAGCAAUAGCUCUGAAAGAGAGGCACAAUCUCCGGGAACAGCUGAGGAAACAACAAAAACAACUGAGACAAGAAAAGAAAAAGUACAAAGCUCUACAAAAAGAAGUGGACAAAAUGGCAAAACUCAUGAAGGAUGAUGAAGAGGAGGGUGAAGAGGAGGAGGAAGAAGAGAAGCCAGAGGAUGAAGAAGAAGAAGAGGAAACAGAGAGUGAGAGUGAGAGUGAGGAGAGUGAAGAAGAUGACCCAACAGACGGAGAUCUGCCUGAGGAUGCCACGGUGGAGGCCAAGAGGAAGAACCUGACGGACAGAUCCAAGCACCAUGAGACUCGCCUUGGCACUCUCAAGAAAGGCAACUACCUGCUGAAAGCUAACAUUGACAGACUCCAAGAUGACAUUAAUCGCCAGCGGGAGAUGUCCUUGUCAUUACAAGAAGACCUAAAUUCCGUCCUGGCAGAAUUGGGCUAGUUUGAACCUAAGAUUUUAUUUUGUAAAAUGUCCACACUUGUAUAUUACUUUGGUUGUAUAAGUUUUCAGUUAGUGAGUAGUUGAGUUUUUUACUGUGAUUAACCUUAUUUGUAAUACUUUUGGAGAUAAAGAUAAAUCACUAUUUAAAAGGCUUAAAUGAACAGUGUUUUUGUGUCAAGGACUUUAUUUUUAGAAUAAAUGUUUAUAUCUAAGCUGUUUACAUGACAAGUAAUCCUAGAUUUAUUUUAGUCUAUUUAUCUAUGUGCAUGAUUUAAUGGCAGACCAAACCAUCUAUUUCAACAUAUCAAUUUACUUCUAUUAAAAAUCAAGAUUCAAGAUAUUUUAUUGUCAUUAAGCAAUUGACAUGCAAUAGACAAAGUCAGAACAGCAAUAUUUUACCGUUUACCCUAAACUAUAUUAUAUUUAAAAGCAUUUAUAAAUAAUUAAUUAAAAUUCAUAACUAAAACUUAAUAAAUAAACAUGACACAUACAAACUAAGUACAAAUAGUAAAUAACAAAUUAUAAUUAAUUAAAAUAAUUAAAAAAUCAAGGUGUUAAUAUCACAUGUCAAAAAUUUAAUUAAAUUGUUAAAUUCGUCAAAAGAGUAGAAAGCAUUCAUUUUUAACCAUUUACUUAAUAAUAAAUUUACUUUAAUCUAUUCAUGUCUACACUAAAAGCUAUCUGAGGUAGUUUAUUAAAUAAUCUAAGCUUCAUGAAGAUGUGGCUACCUAUAUUCUCAAAUUAUUGUUGUCAGCAACCGGAAUACUUUUAUCAGAUUACUAAUGCUAGUUUGUGAUGAUAUUAUAAAUCUAAAAUCCAUUUUACCAAAUACAACAUUGUUGUUCAUAGAAUAUAUUUUUGUAGAAAUAUAUUUUGGAAUAGUUUGAAAAAAAACAUUUUAUAUAAUGAUAGUAUUUAUACAUAAAUGUGUUUUUGUGUUUGAAUUAAUAACAUAAAAUACUUUUAUAUA